CUUAAACGAUUUGUUUGGGUUGAAAAGUGUACAUUUUAAUGUUAGCCGUAAUAAUAUGCUCAGUAAUAUUUAUUUUGAGAUUCUCGGCAUGCGAAGAGCAAAUUGUGGAUGUCAGAAAGACUCUAGUCUGGGGUCCGGGACUCAGCCCGGAUGAUGUCGUCUUGCCGGCAAGAUAUUUCUUUAUUCAAGCCGUCGACACAACCGGGAACAAAUUCGUUUCCCGCCCGUAUUUGAAAUUCCAAGUGCAUAUUAAUGGAAACUCGCCGCACGGCAAAUGUCGAUACAAUUUGAAUCAAAUUGAUCGCGAAGAUGGAUCGACCAUUGUGCGCUAUACGAUUGCCGAUUGGUGCGACAAUCUAGAGAUUAAUGUGCAAUAUAAUAACACCCAUGUUGCACAGUCGCCCUAUUUGAUGCGUAACAAAGUCUAUUCGGAGCGCUGCUAUUGUCCGCAGGAGCUGAAUCUCUGGCUGCUAAAUAAUGAUUGUGCUGCUUUCACAGAAGACAAACAAAUAUCCUGGGACUUGCAUUCAUUUAAGCGCGUCAACUUUAGCGCCAUUCGAGCUAAUUUACUGAAGCGAUAUAAUGCUCCCGAGAGUAUAUCAUUGUGCCAUUAUGUGGUGAAAAACCAGCAAAUUUGGCGAACGUGCUAUGGCAAAUACACGGGCUUUAAAAUGUUUAUGGAUGCUACGCUUUCUGCUUUAGCCCGUGUCGUUCUUCUGCCAGAUAUGGAAUUUUAUCUAAAUCUUGGCGAUUGGCCGCUAUCUAAGAAGGGAGGGCAACAACGAACCUCAGGGCCAUAUCCAAUAUUUUCAUGGUGCGGCAGUGACGACACAUAUGACAUAACAUUGCCGACAUAUGAUAUUACAGAAUCGACUAUAGAGAAUAUGGGUCGAGUAAUGUUGGAUAUGCUGUCUGUUCAGAAAGACGAGUACUCCUGGGAGAGUAAAGAUGAAAAGGCCUUCUUUCGUGGCAGAGACUCGCGACGAGAACGAUUGGAUCUGAUUGAAUUGGCUAGAAAGUAUCCGGAUGCAAUAAACGCAUCCAUUACAAAUUUCUUCUUUUUCCGCAAUGAGGAAUAUAAAUACGGUCCCAAAGUACCACACAUAUCAUUUAUGGACUUCUUCAAGUACAAAUAUCAGUUGAACAUUGAUGGAGCUGUGGCUGCUUAUCGUCUGCCCUAUUUGCUUGCAGGCGGAUCUUUGGUAUUCAAGCAAGAUUCACAUUAUUAUGAGCAUUUUUAUAGUAAGCUGGUGCCAUAUAAGCAUUUUGUACCCAUUAAACGUGAUCUGAGCGACGUCAUUGAAAAGAUCGAAUGGGCUAGGACAAACGAUUUACGUGUUAAGGAAAUCGUAGCAAAUGCACGCGCAUUUGUAGAAGAGAAUCUCUUGCCGCAGCACAUAUAUUGCUAUCACAUAGUAUUAUUUAAAGAGUGGAGCAGUCGAUUGGUGUCACCUGUCGAGGUGCUGGAAGGCAUGGAAAAGGUUAAUGCUACUUACACUUGCUCGUGCAAAGAAAAACUGCCCAGAGACGAGCUUUAGACAGUGUAAUCUGUGAAAUCAUUUUGAUCGUUUUAUACUUACAUCAAUCAUGUCAAAAACUGUAUUAAACUUAACUUAAUCAUAGCAUAAAUAUUAAUAAAAUUUUAAAAUAUUUCCAACUCGUUUUUAUCGCUUUAGUUUUUUAUGUA